CUAUUUUUUCCCCUAAUUGUUCAAGUCUUACUCCCAAGUCCAUGUUGACGAGAAGUGAUUGAGAAAUAACAAUUAUCAAUUAGAAAUGCAUUUGUGUAAAAAGAUUAGCAAGAAUAAUUGCGUGGGAAUAUGAUAUGCGUACACAGAAAGGGAGAGAGAGGGAGAAUCGAGAAUCGACCGACUUGCUGUGGAAAAAGUAGUAUUAUAUCACACGCCACGUACACGUCAAAAUAGCUUUGCAGUUGAAUCAGUGCGUGGUCACUCCAGAGUCCAAACAAAGCACCUAUACUACUUUCUAUCACAAAGUUUUUUCCGCCAUGGGAGACCAUUCUAGACCUGUAACAGGCUACCCAGCUGCUCCUCCUCCUCCUCCAACUUCCCAAAACCCCAAUGGCUACCCAUAUCCAUACCCUCCUCCACCGCCCCACCACCAACCUCCUUAUCAUCCUAACUACCCCUCCUACGAUCCCUCCACCGCCGCCGCCGCACGCGCCACCUUCCUCCGCCGCUUCUUCACCGCCAUAAUCGCCUUCUUCAUCAUUUGCGGCUCUAUCGUCUUCAUCAUCUGGCUUGUCCUUCGCCCCCGUGUUCCCCAGUUCAGGGUCGAUUCCCUCUCUCUCUCCAACUUCAACGCCUCCACCGCUUCCCAGUCCAUCUCCGGCAACUGGGUCGUCGGGCUCUCCGUCUACAACCCCAACAAGAAGCUCAGCCUGGCGUACGACGGCGUCGUCUCCUCCAUUUUUUACAAGGACGAGUUUUUGGCCCAGACGAGAAUCCCUCCUCUGAAACAGGGCAAGAGGAAUCGGACGGCUGUGAGCGCCUCGUUCUCGGCGACCAACUCCUUCGUGGGGGAUCGGAGCUUGAGCUCCAUCAGCCGGGAUAAUGCGCGGGGGACGGUGAGUUUUGAUGUGAGGAUUUUGGGGAGGGUUGUGUUUAGGACUGGUGGAUGGACGAUGAGGAGGAGGAUCUUUAGGGUUUUGUGUGAGGAUUUGGCGGUGGCUAUUUCUAAUAGUGGUGGUGGUGGUAGGUCCUCCGGUAAGCUGGUGGGUGGUGGAAGGGAUUGCCGGGUUGGUGUUUGAUUUGUCAUUUGAGGGAUUAGGCUUUGUGGGCUGGUGGUUUUGGGUUUUGAUUCUUUCCCUGUUUUUCAAUGGGAUUGUAUUUGUUAAUGCUAGCUGGUGUAUAUCUAACUUGAUAUUUUAGGAUUUAGGAUGAUUAUGAUUGUUUUGUUUUAUUUUUAUUUUUAUUUUUUUGGUAAUUAGGAUGAGAAUGAUUAUGGGUGUUGCGUACAAUAGCUGUUUGUUUAUAUAUAUGUAUAUAUGUAUAUAUAUAUAUAUAUAUAUAUAUAUUUCUUUUA